UGCACUUGGAAACAAGUGAAGUGACUUUCCCGACUUUACGUAACACAUGGUCACUGAUUCCCGCGGAUGUAUUGUGCCGAGAAACACUAGGCGCACCUGUUGAGGAACCGAGAAGUAAAUCGUGGGAAGGUGCUCCAUCGUCGGUUUCGGUCGGUGAAAUUGGCGGCCAAGUGGAGCUUCCUUGUGUCGCUCUUGAAACACCGGAGGAAGCACCACUGCGAGCUGAGUGGCAUCGGCAGGGAGACUCUCUUACCGAGCCUCUGUACGCGGUGCGCUUCCCGGGACGUCUGGGAAACCUGAUGCAAGGGCGCCACCAAGUGCGUUCUGACUGGGCGCACCGGGCGUACUUCUCACUGCUCGGAGUCCCCGCUGCCCUGAAGGUGAAACAGCUGUCCUACCGCGACUCUGGCACGUAUGUGUGUUCUGUGACACACCAACAUGGAGUCACCACGUCCGUUGUCCAUCUUGCUGUUCUCGGUCCAUUGGAACCUCCUGUGAUCAGGAAUGAGGCUGGAGAACCCCUUAAAGACGUCGCUGGGCCUUACAACGAGGGUGACACAGCGACGCUGCAUUGCGAGGUCAAAGCAUCGUCAUCUCACCUGCCUGACAUGAAGUGGGUGCUGUCAGGAAUGGAAGGAGCUGAGGAAGGUGCUCCCCUCUCCGGCAGUGCUGUGAGCACCAUGUCUACGUCUUUAAGCACAGCUGCUGGUGAAGGUGAAGCACCGCAGGUCCUGGUUCGCAGCCGUGUUCAUUUGGGUCCCCUGACCCGAUCUCACCUGGGCGCUAUUCUCAGCUGCCGCGUGCACAACCACGUGUCCGCACCGGCACACACCUCCGUGGUCCUCGACUUAAACUUAUCCCCACUAAGUGCACGCAUCCUUCGCACUGCGGGAGGUUCGCUUACAGCUGGGCUGCCAGUGGAAAUGGUGUGCGAGUCUUGGGGAUCCCGACCUCCAGCCGCAAUUGAGUGGUGGCUAGGUACAUCUCGGCUGCCGCAGACGUUUGGACAUGCCUCGGCCGAUGGAAAUGUUUCUACUUCCGUGGUCACCUUCACACCAUCGCACCGAGACCACGGUGGGAGCCUUGGAUGCAUCGCACGAAACCCCGUUUUGCCGCAAGAUUCGCCUGCUCCGGAAGACCGUUGGACUAUGAACGUUUACUACAAACCCAAGGUGCAUCUUCAAAUAGGCAGUCCAUUUCGAGGCGGCAACGUUCAAGAGGGCACCGACGUCUACUUCGAAUGUAUGGCGGACUCUAAUCCACCAGCAUCUGAGAUUCAGUGGUUCAAAGACGGUUCAAUUGAUCUGGCGUCAGUUCCACCUGGUCCCAACGGUACCGACGUGGUAGUGGUUUCUGGUCGCUUUCUCGCUCUCCAGAAACUUACGAGGUCCCUUUCGGGACAUUACGCCUGCUCUGCAACCAACUCUGAAGGCACAGCUACCAGCAAAUCUGUUGCCUUCAAAGUUCAACAUCCACCAGCGUGUGCCCACGGUGGUCCAGUCGUGUACUCGGCAUCUAGGCACGAACCUGUUCGGGUUACAUGUGAAGUGAUUGCGGAGCCUCGCAAUGUGUCGUUUCGAUGGGUCUUCUCCAGUAAUAACCGAAACCGAGAUCUUGUCGACUUCGAAGUUAUUGAUCCACACAAGAGUAUCCACCAAACGGGACAUGAUCACGGGCAUCGCAGUCAAAGUGCAAUGUUAACAGUCGCUUCAGUGCUCGAGUACACGCCGCAGUUCCAGAGUGACUUCGGAACCUUGCUUUGCUCAGCGCAGAACGUAGUCGGAGUGCAAAAGGAACCAUGUACGUUCCACGUGGUCCAAGCAGGUCCUCCAGAGUCCCUAGAAAACUGCAGCGUCAGCAACCUGACGGAAAAGGGUUUCUCAGUGGAAUGUCGAAGUGAGAGCGGGCUUCGAGUCGCCACUGGCUCCAUGACAGCAGUUCCUCGACCAGCAAAAGGGCACGGAGCUGUGGUUUAUGUUCUCGAGCUGUACGGCCCGCCUGAUGUCGCCGACGUGCAGCAUGGAAUAAGCACACCUCAGCAACAGGUGCUUCUGCGCAACUUGAGUGGCGAAGAGCCCUGGUUCCGCAUUUGGACUCUAUCGCCGGGCACCGAAUAUGAGGUUCGGGUCUACGCAACUAACAAUAAAGGCCGAAGCCGGCCUGUUGUGCUCUCUGCCUGCACGCUGCCUCCAGCCGAAGCCCUUCUAGACAAAGUUCCUCCGUGGACGCUGGGCUUCUCCAUCCUGCACUGGACGCUGAUAUGUGUCUUAAUCCUAGUCAUUACCUUGGCGGUGCUGCUUCUCAUCUAUUUGCGGAAAAGGCUGCGCAGCGGUGUGUCUAAGAGCAAUAACACGAGUAAAACCAAGUCGCCGCAAGUUGAGGAAGAACCGUGGAGCUUGCAGAUGACUCAGAUGAGUUCUGUGAGUCGCAGCAACAGCAACAUCAUUACUACGAAGGAUGAAGUCACGUCGCUCGACAAAAGAAAAAAUACGGUGGAUAUAUGAUGACUCUGACGGUCUGCUGGAGGUCGCCAAAGUGAUUUGACGGCCAUUUAGGAUUGCCCAGGUACGAGCUGCGAGACAACUACUUAAGAUACAUCGCGUAUCCCUGACAAUUUCAUCCUUCCCAUCCCUGACAGUCGACAGAACAGUGACAUCAAUUGCGAGACAUUUAUUGCUCCUUCAGCACCGAACUUGGUGACGAACACACGUUGCCGUCGCUCAAGUGUUAGUGCAGUUUUCGAGCCGACACGACACACGAGUCUGAUGACGACCUCUGCUUCGUGCUCCGGUUUCAAAACACCGAGGUUUCGGUGAUCCGUCACAGUUAACUGGAAUUCCACUCGGAGUGAAUCGUUAGUGUGUCGACCGUGUUUCCCCUGUGUUGGACGCCCUGUUGAACCAAACCGCAGCGCUUGUUGUGUCAUCUGUUUAGGUCAAACACCUCCAUCAACGUACCGCCGUAACAGUAGAGCGCGUAACAUAUCUCUUCAGCCUGACAAGGUUGUACUCAAGUAGCAGUUAGGGACUCAACGGACUAUUUGCCAAUGGCAAAAUCUCGGAAUCAAAAGUGCCUUAUCUUUUUCAUGGAACAGUUUUUUGAAA